AAAUGGUUGUUGGGGAACAUGGCGUUGGUGGUGCGAGUCCUUAAGAAGCAGACUAGCAUUUCCCAGUGGGUUCCAGUAUGCAGCCGAUUGGGACCUGUGUCUCCUACCCAAGGACAGUGGGGCAGGACUCUGUCUGGCACUUCCCAGUGGCCCCAGAUGAGCCAGUCUCAAACAUUUGGUGGAUCAGGACAGAUUCCUGGAAUAGACAUACAGCUGAGUGAGAAGUAUCACACUACAAAUAAGCUUCCUGCUACUAAGGAUUCCCCACAGCCUGUUGAGGAGAAGGUUGGUGCCCUCACAAAGAUAAUAGAAGCCAUGGGAUUCACAGGACCUUUGAAAUACAGUAAAUGGGUCAAUUCCUAUAUCCUGAAGAAGAACAUGAUCCUCAUGACAAAUAAUUUCUAUGCAGCAAUCUUAGGAUAUGAUGAGGGCAUCCUUUCAGAUGAUCAUGGGCUGGCUGCCGCACUCUGGAGAACCUUCUUCAACCAGAAAUGUGAAGACCCUCGACAGCUUGAAUUGCUAGUGGAAUAUGUGAGGAAACAGAUGCAGUACCUGGACUCCAUGAAUGGUGAGGAUCUGCUUCUGACAGGGGAGGCCCUAGAUGCAUCCCUGCAGCAGCAGAUAGUCCCUACCUGCAGAGUCAAGUCCUGUCUCCAGAGGAUUCGCCAGUCAUUGCACACAGCAACUUGCAAUAUGGAACCUCAUUUGAAAGAGCCAUAUCGGAGCCGUCAUGUCUGUGAUGUCUCAAAGCCCUCACUUCCUGGUAGUCAGCAUCUUUCACUGACCAUGCCAAUCCCUGGCCCCUUCAAGAUAAAAUCCAAGUUCCUUGGGGGCUACAAGGGCUCUUCUUAGUUUGACCCCUGCCUCCAUUCCAGCCAGUUUCUAUGAGUCUCUAACCCAAUUUGUUUUCUGAGCAAACUGGACCACUUGGGGUUACCUGGAGAGACCACACUGUGUGUUUCCUUUACCCGAACCCUUGUCCCUACCUCUUCUGACUAAAGAAAUCCCAAGCUCCUGCAAAUAUCACCUCUUCUACAUCCCCUCCACCCGUAUUCACACCCCAAUUGGCCCAGGCCUGCUGUCUGUGGUGUUCCUGUGCUAUUGUGUUGUCUGCUCUGUUAGCACUUACCUUGCCACAUUGGGAUGAUUUUUUUUUUUUUUACA